UUUGAAACUUGUUUUGGUGGGUCGAAAGGCAGCGAAGAGAUUUGGGCAGAGUUUCAUAGAUUCGUGUCUCUCGAGUAGCUAUUUUCACAGUUGCUGCAGGAGUUCCGUAAUUGAACUAGUGCGUGUUCGGAGACGCCAUCACCAUGAGCCGGCUGUACGACACGGUGGAGCCAGCAGUGAUCGAUGAGGAGAUGCUGCAGAAGGCGGUGGAGGAGCAGGGUCCAAAGGACGAGGCUGGUCGCAUCGCCAAACAAGAGGGCAUCGACUUUGCAGAUGUCCUGGCUCUCAGGCUAGACUUUAAAAACAUUUUGAAGAUAGAUAACCUGUGGAGGUUCACCAGUCUAACCAAGCUGCAAAUGGACAACAACAUCAUAGAGAAGAUCGAGGGGAUGGAUGCACUGGUCAACCUGGUCUGGCUGGACCUCUCAUUCAACAACAUUGAGGUGAUAGAGGGCCUAGACAAGCUGACUAAGAUCCGAGACCUGACCCUGUACAACAACAAGAUCUCCAGUAUAGAGAACAUGGAUGCCCUGGUGGACCUGCAUGUCCUGUCAGUGGGCAACAAUGAGCUGGACCAGCUGGAAAAUCUGAUCUACCUGAGAAGAUUUAAACAGCUGAAGACACUGAACCUGAAUGGGAACCCGUUCUGUGAUGAUCCCAACUUCAAGCACUAUGUGAUCGCCUACCUACCAAGCCUGCAGUUCCUGGACUACAGGCUUAUUGAUGAGAACACCAGGGCAGCAGCCAAUGAGCAGUACACAUAUCCCAUCCAGCAACUGGAGCACAAUGAGGAACAAGCAAGGAAGAGGAUUGAGGACCAGGAGGCAAAGGAAACAGAAUUCAACUUGCACAAGGGUGCCUAUGUGGAGAACUUGAAUGGCUCAGCUCUGUUUGACUCCAUGUUUGCAGAUGACACGGAGGGCCCCAAACUGGCUCUACUCCCAGGGGUGGAUGAACUUCUCACUGGCUAUAAAGAAAAGUACACAGCUAUCUGCCAGCAGAUAUUUGAGUACGGUCUGAAGGAACACCAGAGACGUGGGGAUGAAGUCAGCGGCUUCCAGACUGCCGUGGACGAAGCAAAGGAGGAUAACAGGAACAUGGGCAUGAGGAAAAUCAACGAUUUCAACGAGUAUCGGAGAAAGUUGUUUACUGAGCUGGCACAGAGCAGUGACCAGGCGCACAUCGACACCUCCCUGGAGCAGCACAACAAGGAAAUUGACAAGUUAUGGGAUGGACUGAUGGCCCUGGAGAUGCAGCUGGUGGACCAGCUAGAGGAUACCAUCAAGGAGUUUGAACGGAACAUGGCUGAUAUGGUGUCAACCUUUGUGGAGAAUGUUCAAGCACUGAUCUCUCAGUGCCGUGACCUUGAGAACACGCACAAUGAGAAACUGCUGGAGGUUGCCAUAGUAACCUUGGAGAAGAUGGUGAAGAAUGAGCUGGAUGAUGAACUGCCUGAUGAUGUCAGAAUGCUGUUUGUGGACAAAGACACCAUCACCAACGCAGUAGGUGCAUCACAUGAUCUCCACCUGCUAAAGAUCGACAACAAGGAGGAUGACAUCAUCACGCGAGCCAACAACUGGCUGGCAGCGCUGAUGGAGCGCGUGCACAACGAGGAGGAGGUCAAACGCAACCGUCACCGCGUGUCCGAGAUCAACAACUUCAUCGACCAUCUCAGGGAGGAAGUGGAGACAUUUGAAAUCCAGGCAGCAUAGAU